CGUCUUUCUGAAGGCUAAAACAUCGUGUGGCUGAGAGAGUAGACGCUUGUUCUCCUCUCGUCGCAUGAUCGACGCUACCCAAUUCUGUCCACAAGCUCAUAUUAUGUUCCUUGUACUGAAAUUUUCUUUUCUUUUCGGUUGUUGGUCGCAUCUGGAUUCUUGAUGCAGGGGAAGAGGAGGAGAGGCGAGGAAGCAGGACGAAGAAUCGGAGGAGGAUGCUGAGGCCGAUGCUGGCGUGCUGCAAGCUCUACGUCUCGGAGGGCCGGAGCGCGGCGGCCCUGCGCGCCGUCGAGCAGGCGGCGCGGCGGCACCACCCGGCCGUCGUCCUCGUUAACACCUUCGUCGACGACGCCUACAAUCGGGUCGGCUACACCCUCGUCUCUCGCCUCACCCAGGACGCCGCCUCGCCGACGCCGCUGCGCCGCGCCGUGUUCGGCGUGGUCGGGGCCGCGCUCGAGGCGAUCGACCUCGGCUCCCACGCCGGGGCGCACCCGCGGCUCGGCGCCGUCGACCACGUCUGCUUCCACCCCCUCGCCGGCGCCUCCCUCCGCGACGUCGCCGCGCUCGCCGCGGACGUGGGCGCCGACGUCGGCGACAAGCUCCAAGUGCCGACGUUCUUGUACGGCGCGGCGCACCGGGAGGGCCGGACGCUGGCGGCCAUCAGGCGGCAGCUGGGGUACUUCACCUCCCCGCGCGACGCCCAGUGGCGCGGCCCGCUCCUGGCCGGCGGCACGGACACGACGCCGCUCCCCGUCGCGCCCGACGCCGGGCCGGACACGCCGUCGGCGGCCAAAGGCGUGCUGGUGCUCGGCGCGACGGCGUGGGUGGACAACUACAACGUUCCGGUGCGCACCGCGGACGUGGACGCCGUCCGGCGGAUCGCGCGCCGCGUCAGCGAGCGCGGCGGCGGGCUGCGGUCCGUGCAGGCCAUGGGGCUCGCGCACGGCGACGGUGGCGCGGAGGUCGCGUGCAACCUGCUCGACCCGCGGAGUGUCGGCGCCGGGCAGGUGCAGGACAUGGUCGAGCGGCUCGCGAGGGAGCAAGGCUUGGACGCUGGGGAGGGCUACUUCACCGAUUUCUCCGAGGAGAAGAUCGUCCAGAUGUUUUUAGAGAAGUCGGCCCAAGCUAAGGUUUCUUCUUCAUACGGUUUUGAUACUUCUCACUCCACCGAUAUUCACCGAUAAUUACGGUGCUCGGAUUGAGCUGCAAUUGAGAUUUUUGGAUUGACCUCGUGGUGCGUGUUAGUUAUGAGCUGUAACUGGUCUGAACCGUUGGAUUGCUUCGUACUCCCUCCGUCUCAAA